UGUGCGUGUGUGUGUGUAAAGGUUUCUGCGUCCUCUCUGGGCUUGAUAACAUGCAGGCGGAGGAAGAGGGUGAGGUUUGGGGUGUGGAAGGGAGGCGUUUCCUCCGGUCCGGCUCGCUGUGAAGGGAAACUCCAGCUCACUUCAACCUGACGAGUCUCAUAGAUCAGCAGCUUCUCUCCAUCCUCUCUGCUGAGCAUCAUGGCCUCCAAAAACUCCAACAAGGUGCAGAAAGUGGUGAUGGGUCUGCUGGCGCUCUGGUCCAUCAUCUCCAUCAUCAUCAUCGUGGUUUGGGCCACGUCUCCGGACCUGAAGGGCUCGGCCCAGUGCCGCGCCGAGCUGCGGGAAGCGACGGAGAAACUGGAGGGCGCCAAGGUGGUGUUCAACAAGGACAGGCAGGCGCUGGAGGAGAAGACGCUGAAGGCAUUGGAGGAGCAGAAGCGGCUGAAGGCCGACAUCCUGCUGCUGCUGGGACGCCUCAACGCCACCAACGUCACGCUGGAGGAGUGCCAGCUGAAAAACGUCGUCCUGGCCGAGAACGUCACGGCUCUGCAGGACGACGUCAGGCUGCUGCAGCAGAGGGAGGCCAACCUCACGGAGCAGCUCAGCCUGCAGGAAGAGCGCAUCGAGGCCUUGCAGCAAAACCUGACACAGGCUUUCCAUGAGACAGAGUCCUGCUUCAGCCUGAAGAUGGCAGCUGAGAACCAGAAGUCAGCAGCUGAGAGUCUGACCAAAGUCUGUGAAUCCAAGCGGCAGCACCUGGAGAAGCAGCUUCAGAAGUGUAAAGCUGCAGAAUCAGAAACUCCUCAGGUGAACCAAGCAGGCUCCUCUGUCUCAUCGUCUCCCAACUCUGCUGCCGCGCCCCUCGCUGGUAUUCCCGCGCUGACGCUACUCAUUUGCGCUGCUCUCCAUCUCAUAACCUGAGUCCAGAGCGGCGGCGGGUCAAACCGGCAGCCAGCACAGCGGUCCAGGAGGGGCGGAGACAACACGACUGCUGUACAAACUUCCUGUC